AACUUCAAAACGCCGGUACACCUUGUCUUUUCAAACUUUACAGAUCAGCACCGGCUUCGGAUCGUGGUUGGUUUAGGUCCACGCGCACGCCGGUGUUUAUAUAACCAAGUCCCUUGGAUAUUUCCUCCCCUCGAACGCACGGCAAAGUCGCCAAGCCCAGUAGCAGGAAGAGAUCAGAUUUCUUUUUCGCCUCCGUCUCCGAUCAGGAAGAGGAUGGGCGGAUUCGAUCUGCAGGUGAAGGAGAGGGCCAAGGAGCUGAAGCACCUCAAGGGGGCGGUGAUGAAGGGCGUCAAGGUGGUCGGCGACUCGUGCAAGAAGGCGUGGAACAAGGUCAAGAGCAUCAAGCACUGAAGCGAUCGAAGCGUCGACGAACCAUCCGAUCCGACAUAUUGUUUGAGUAGAUUCAUCUAGUAUGAUUAUUAGUACUUGAUUGCCCUGUGCGAUCGGGGUGGUUUUGUAGUAGUUCCUUCUAUUUGAGAUAGAAUUUCGUGUGAGAUCGCCUGUAAGGAUGGCUUUAUAGUAUUGGUCUAUUUUCCCCUUGAUGGAUUGGUGUUCUUUGAUCUUUUUUGGUGAAAUCUGUGGUGAUAGGGAUCUGCCUGUCAAUAUUCGAUACUCCUUGCUUAGGACAACUAUAA